GGAGUUCCACUGCUCCAGAUACGUCAAAAAACAGUUCACAUGUCCCCACUGCGAAUGCAAAUCCUACGCCAGCCUGGGGGCCUUAAAAAUGCACAUCCGAACACACACGCUGCCCUGCAAGUGCAAGUUAUGUGGGAAGGCCUUCUCCCGACCCUGGUUGCUUCAGGGGCAUCUGAGAACGCACACGGGGGAGCGACCCUUCGGCUGUCCCCACUGUUGCAGGGCCUUUGCUGACCGCAGCAACUUGAGGGCCCACAUGCAGACGCACAGUGAUGUUAAGAAGUACAACUGCAACAAGUGCGGCAAAACGUUUUCAAGGAUGUCCUUACUGCACAAACACCGAGAAAAUAAUAUCUGCUGAUGAUGAUGAUUGCAUCAUUUGUUUGUUUGCUUUUAUUAACUAUUUAACUGCUAAAUAACAUUAAUGUUCACGGAAUUGUGAACGUCAGUGCCUUAUAACAACGAAAAUGCUCAGAAAAGCAGUUAAUGUCAUUUUUAACAACAAUUUUUGGGCAGUGUAGCGGAAAAGUGCCUUGCACCGCUUAUGCAGUGACCGAAUUCGAUUGCAAAGAGACUCCCGCCUGUACCAUGCAAUGUGUGUGAGGCCUUGUUUUACGUGUAUUUACAAUGCAAUGUGUGUGUUUGUUGUUGACAGAGUGUCGGAGUAGUGGGAUGAAAAAUAUCCCAUUUCGGCCUCUCAAAAAAUUCCCACUCCUUUCAGACUUCUACUCCGACUUGCAAAAAUUUUUUCAACUUUUCCAUCAAAAUUAAAACUAACAAAUAAAAAAUACUUUAAAAAUACUUAAAAUGAGUUAAUGUAAUUGUUUUUCUUAGUAAAAUUUUUUUUAUUUUAUGUUUUAAAACAUACUGAAAAAAUUAUGGAUUUUAUUCACAUUGUUAGCAUUUAUUUUCAGUAUUAAUUAAAGAUGAUUGCAUAUCGCUAAAGAUGCUUAUCUUUUAAAAAACACGAUCUUGAAGAAAUAUUUUAGAAAAAAAGAAACUUUUUUUUAAUUAAUAACAUUUUCAGGAUGAAAAAAUUCAACUCCGACACUCUUCAUUGAUGCCAUUGAAAAAAUUAUGGAGAGAACUUUUAUAAACAAUGAAAAUGUUGAAAGGAAAAAUUUUUAUUUUGGUCUUUUUAUUGAUUUUAAUAAAUUUAGUUAAUUAACUUUACGAUUAUCAUUUUUAUUAAUAAUAAUAAUAUUAUCAUUAUGUUAUUAUUAUUGCUAUUAUUAUGUAUGUCAAUUGAAAUUGUAAUAAAAAUCUCUAAAAAUUAGUUU